AUGCGCCCUUCGCUCUUGGCAUAUGCCCUUCCCCUGGUCGUCGCACUGCCCGCGAACCAGCUUGGUAGCGACCAGUGUUCGGAGAAGACCCCAAGCCGGACCAAGGAAUGGAAGUACGACCCUCCGAAACAUGAUGGGCCUAGCACAGGUGACUGGAACACUUGGUUGUACAACAAGAGCAUCCACGACAACGGCGGCUGGAAAUAUGACCCCAAGAUAGAUGGACCGAGUCCUGGAAACCGAAAAGCAGAAACUGGUCCUUCUACGAAUGAUCGUAGGGGAGGUUUUGACGUGCGCCAGCAGGGGAUCCCCGAUGAUCGUCGGUAUCAGACAAAUAACCAGAACACCCGGCCUGCCGAGCAAGUCCCGAGCGGUGAUAACGCCCGGCCUGCCGAGCAAGUCCCGAGCGGUGAUAACGCCCGGCCUGCCGAGCAAGUCCCGAGCGGUGAUAACGCCCGGCCUGCCGAGCAAGUCCCGAGCGGUGAUAACGCCCGACCUGCCGAGCAAGUCCCGAGCGGUGAUAACGCCCGGCCUGCGGAGCAAGUCCCGAGCGGUGAUAACACCCGGCCUGCGGAGCAAGUCCCGAGCGGUGAUAACACCCGGCCUGCGGAGCAAGUCUCGAGCGGUGGUAAUACCCGGCCUGCGGAGCAAGUCUCGAGCGGUGGUAACACCCGGCCUGCGGAGCAAGUCCCGAGCGAUGAUGAUGGUUGCGAGGCGGAUGAUGCGGCAGGAGGCAUUGCAGGAAAAACCACUUCAGCACCCUUGGAUGGUCAGCGAGAAGGUGCCGCCAAACUCCAACCGGCGGUUCCCAGUGAUCGUCAGGUUCAAGAGAUCAACAAGAAUACGACGACUUCCGGAGAAGUCACGGGCGACGAUGGCGACAGCUGUGAAGAGGAGAGUUUACCCGUUCAGGUGCCUCCUCAGAAUGACGCCCCCGUCGAAGGCUUGGCCGACGAUUCUUGCCCCGAUGACAAGGAUGACAGCACCAGCCUUCCUUCGUCGACCGCGAAGCCCGAAGGUCAAGUAACUGCGCCAAAGGAUCCCCAGGGCAAGCCUCAGCCUACGUCGCAAACCAAAGCAGAGUCAGGUCGGAACGCGGCCGGUACGGUCUACAGAUUCCCGGAGACGGACCCUUCGGAUCCCGCUGAAGGGCUCGAUUUCCCCGAGAAUGCUACGUACGAGGACUACAAGAGGUUUACCCUCAAACUGCACAACCAAGUUCGAGAGGUCCACGGCGUCAAUGGUGCGUUAGUCUGGGACGAUGAGAUGGCCUCGGCCGCUGAAAGCUGGACUGGGACCUGCAACUAUGCGCACAACUUGCCGCCCAAGUCUGGGGCACAGAAUAUGGCACCGAGCAUGAAUGGCACCGACAUGCAGAGUAUGGCUCGAGGCUUUUACGCAUGGUUCUACGCCGAGUCACGGCUUUACGAUUUUAGCACGCAUGGCAUGUUGAGCAAUGCGUCCAAUGAUGCAACAGAGGCCGAAGGUGGCAAAAGCAAGGUUGGUCACUUCGAAGUCAUCCUCAGCAAGCGGUACGAUAGAGUUGGUUGUGCCCAUAAUUUCUGCCCAAAACUUGGUGGCAUGGAGAAUAUGGUGUACAGCAUUUGCAACUAUAUGCCCAAGACUGGUAAGCCCUGCUCUACUACGCCAGCUUCCAGUAUUCGCCCGUUGAUUCUAACAUGCUCAGGCCUGUCGGAUGAGGAGAAUGAGAAGUUUUGGCCUUCAGCCCCAUCGCGAGACGUGCCCCAACUCAGGGAUGCCCUCGGCGCUUGA